AUGAAAAAAAAAAAACAGUCUCUCCCACAGAAGGAGGGUGCUAGACCGCCCGGCUCUCCACCGAUGCCUCUUAUUGACAAUGUCUUCAGCCUGGCGCCCUACCAUGACUAUCUAGAUGUGCAGACACCAGAGGUCACAACUGAGCCAGAUUCAGUCCCAGCUCCCAGUGAAAGCCACGGCAAAGACUGCAGGGGGACCUUAACUGCCCAGGAGGGGUCCUCAGAGCCUUGCUGCUCACUUCGGGAGGAGAGGGCCUUGGACUUGAGUGUGAAGAAGUCCAGAGCAGAGGCUGCUCCCAUCAAGGUCCCUAGUCCUACAGUGCAUGCCAAGCCCACUGCAACUGUGGACAUGCCAGGGAACACAGCUUCAGGUCUGCCAGGCCUAAAAAAGGUGGUCACAGAGCACCUGGAAUGCGUGAUCACAGAGGCCACACCAAGGACCAAUUUCCAUAACUCUGUGGCCUUCAUGUUCCGAAAAUUCAAGAUCCUCCGUCCACCACCCUUACCUGCAGCUGUGGACCCGGCCACACCCACCUCGGCUCCUGCCCCUGUACAGCUCAGCAAGUUGCUGUCCCAGUUGCAGAGAUUCGUAUUCACACAGCAGUGCCCCUUUCCCCAUGUGGUACAAGCUGGCUCCAUCUUUGUGCCCAUCCACCUGGUGAAGGAGCGGCUCUUCCCACAACUGCCCCCUGCCUCUGUGGACCAUGUACUGCAGGAGCACCGUGUGGAGCUGGGGCCUACCACACUGUCAGAGGAGCGGGCGCUGCGGGAGCGUGCCCUGCAAGGCUACACCUCACGCAUGCUGAAGUUGCUGACACUGCGCCAGCUACCUGACAUCUACCCUGACCUGCUGGGCCUGCAGUGGCGAGACUGCAUGCGCCGCCAGCUGGGUGACUUUGACACUGAGGCUGGAGCUGUUCCCACCUCAGAACCCAACAUGGCCAGAGAUGAGCCAGAGAGCAUAGCACUGGCUCGGAAGUCACCAGCCCCCAAGGCCAGAAAGCCAGGGAGGAAGCCACCAACCCCUGGCCCGGAGAAAGCAGAUGCAAUUGCUGGGGAAGGGUCAAAUGGUCCUUCACCUACCCCUGCUGCCAGCACCGGCUCACCUGGCCCCAUGCUGAGGGUCCGCUUCAGAAACCUGCUGGAAACUGCCUGGCUCAAUGGCCUGGCACUGCCCACGUGGGGCCACAAGGCCUCAGGACCUGACCGGCCCCCACCCUGCCCACAGUUACUGGGCAGUCAGAGUCAUCACCUGUAA